UGACGUCGGUGGGUAGGCUCUAUAGGAGGACCCAUCUCAACUCAAAAUACAGUCUAUGUCAGGGUCUGAGAAGUUACCCACUUGGAACGAAGGACCUCUGCUUACGGAAUAGUUGAGAUUUCAUCACAACAUGUUUCAACACCUUUUCUUUUUCCUUCUGCUCUAUCGUUUUGUUUGGCUCCAUGCAAGCAAUGUGCGCCAAGAGCUGCCUCCACCGCAGAAUGUAGAAUUGAUUACCUUGAACACCAACUACACACUGAAGUGGGACUGGAAUGAGACUGCAUCAAAGAGUGCAGUUGUUUCUUACACUGUACAAUAUAUUGCGCAGUUCUGGCUAGACCACAUGAAAGAGGACAAAUGGUCUACUGUCUGUGAUAAAAAGCCUUCGAAGUCAUGCGACCUUACUCAGUGUGGCAUGCACUAUAUGGGGAAGUACAUGAUUCGUGUUUGCGCCAAUGACAAUUUCAGUCAUUCAGACUGGGUGAAGAAAGAAUUUUGUCCUCAGAAGCAUGCUGCAGUUGGUCCACCAUCCGAAAUCAAACUUUUCCCUGGUGGAAAUAACAUUGAGGUUAAUAUCUCCCAUCCACUGCCACACAAAAAGUUGGGCUUCAACAUUGUUUACUGGGAGUAUGGUGUUGACAAAAAGGACCUACAACCCCAAAUUAGCGAAACCAAGACGGGUGAAAGGGUGAUUUUGCAAGGCCUGAAAUCUUGGACACGGUACUGUGUUCGGAUCCAGUCGUAUUAUGAACCCUACAAAAAGAGAAGCAAAUUUUCCUUACCCUAUUGCAUUCAGACACAAGGCACUAUUCCUUGGUGGCAAACAUUUGUCUUCUUCCUGGGCUCAUUUGUGAUAGGUUGUGCAGUUUUCCUGCUCUUCUUGUACAUUCUGUUUGUAUGUUACAAGAUCUUCAAGGCAACAUUUUGUCCCUUGAUCCAGUUUGCACCAUUUUUCCAAAAGUAUCAUCUUGAAUCCCUUGGAUCUGAUAUUCCUCAUCUCCUGUCCAUGGGAUCUGAAGCUGAACUUUUUUGUGAUGUCACAAUUUGUCCAAAGCCAAUGGAAUGUCACAGCCCUUUGUCAAACGCUCCAUCGAUUUCCCCUUCAGGUGUGCACCAAGAUAGCGGGUCAAGUGGUCUGGACAGUCAUAAAGACAAAAGGAGAAGCAAUGACUCUGGAGUUUACUCCAGAGAAAGCAGCAAUUGCCAGCAUCUCAACAGCAGUAAAUCCUCCUCUGGAUUGACUCUUGAUUUAGAUCCUGUGAAAAUGCACCAUGUGACUCCAGCGCACAAGUGUCAAUGUAGGAUUACAGAUGAAGUUUUAUAGACCUGCCUGCCUGAAAAUAUGCCCCCAAAUGUGGUUUUAUCAAAGAUGUAAUGUAAUUUACUGAUGUAAAAUGUUUUUUUUGUUUUGUUUUUGGGGACCUGGUUCUCCAAAUUGCACUCACAAUAAUCUCCAUGACAUGCCGCAAGGGACGUGAUGGGAGAAAACAUUAGUGUGACCCGGAGUGGAUUAGCCUACUGUGAUGAUAUGUAUGAAUUCUUUUGGACUGACUGUGCAACUUCUUGUAACUCUUGUGUACCGCCACUCUGAUGCCUGCUGCCUCGUAGUAACUAUUAUAACAUUUACUGCUGAGACGGAACAUCUGCUGCCGAGACUGCACAACAGGUUAACAGACCAUUUCUGGAAAGAGGUUGAGCUAAAACAUGGUAAGAUUACCAUUUUUGGGCAGGCGCGUGUCGCCUGGGAGCAGGAGCUGGCCAUCUCUGCUCUCACGAGGCGUGUUCCUAUAAGAGCCAGACAUUUCUGGGCCCCGCCAGAGUCCGGCGCAGGAUUAACGUACGGGUCGCUCGGCAUUGUUCCUUUGCCGCUCUGCCGGGGCAUUGGCUCUCCGCUCAUUUGUCACCGGUAAGAGAUUUUCAUUGCUAAGGAACAUCUUGUUGUGCUUUGACGGUGGCGCGGGGAUUUUAGGAUUGACAAACUAUAUCUAGCGUUAUUUCUUGUGUUCUUGUGUGCUUUAAUGGUAGCGCUGGGAUUUUAGACGUGACAAGUGACAAUCUAGAUCUAGCGUUAUUGUUAUUCCAUGUUAUGCUUGUUUUUGCUUGCUUUUGUGGGAUUGUAAUCAAUAAACAAUUUAUUUUGCAAUUUGUAAUAUCAUAUAUUUCGCAAAAGUGUGCCUGUUGCUGACUCACUGCGAACCCGGAAAUUUCGGAAAACGGGACGUUUUUUGGGACAACACAAUGAACAGACGCUGACCGAAAUAAAACAAGGACUACAAGUGAUGAGUAUAGGUGUGGUGGUCCAUGAUGCCCAAUUCAAGUGUGCACAGCCAACUGAGCUGCACAGGAACAUGAUCCUUAUCUUUCUACUAAUUGACCUUUAGCAAACUCCGCCUCCUAAACGGCCAUUGACCAAUCAUACGUCCUAGAGACUUUUAUAACCCUCUAAGGUCUGUGGACGCACCGGCACGUCCUGUGCACACGUCUUCCUAGCCUUGUUACUUGAUUACGUCACCCACAAGCUUGUGGUAGCCCUCAUUGGAAAGUGAAGAAGUGGAGCUUCACCCUCGAUUUUACUUGAAGUCAACAGACCAAGUAGAAAGGGUGAUAAUGCCCUUUGAGUUUUUUUUCCUCAACAAUGCUGCAUGGACCAUGUGUAUGACCAUAUUUUUUUCAUUUCUUGUCCUGUUUCCAAUUGGAAGGCGUUUUGGAGAACUACAGAUCCCAAGAUUGUAUUCUGACGUCACACCUGAAAUUUACAAUUGAGGCAGUGUUGUUUUCGUGCACAAUGAAGAAUAGAAAAAUAUUUUGUAUACGAACAAAUUUUGCAUCAUGAUGACGAACUAAAAACGUGGCUCGGGAGAUUAGAACGUAACAAAACGAAGGCCAGUUUUCCUCUGAUGCAGUGUUGUUUCGCCAAUGAUGACUAUAAUGACAAUAUUUCGUCAACGAGCAAUUUUUCAUGACGAUGAUGAAACGAUAACGCGCUAAAAACGUGUUUUGGGAGACUAAAACUUAACGAGACAAAUGCCAGUUUUCGUCUGACAAGAUGACGAGACGAAAAUGCACAAUAGUUUCACAUGAUGACAAUGUGUUACAUUUUUCGUGUCUUUAGCCUGCAUCGUAGCAGUGUCUGGUUGUGUCACUUAUGUGACGUGCUGCUGCUUUCCAGUCUCCAUGCAUGCACACACGGUAAGAUUAGUUUUCUUAUCGUUGCCACAAAGAAUGCAAUGUUACUUUAGUCUUUAAAGAUCUGUGCUGAGUGAUCAUCACAUACUAAAUGUAACUUGUAGCAUUCGCAUAGUAUUCACAUUCGAGUUAGCAUUCUGCUAAUGCAACUUUUUUUUUUUUUUUUACAUGCAGUUAUUGGUGUCCACGUGGAUAUAACUGAAAAUAAUGUACUGUUUUCCUACUGAGUGUGUAUCAUCAGGAAGUUGCCAUUGUCCUUGUAGAUGCUACAAUAUGUGAUUUUCUGUCAAUGUUCAUUCGAAAUAGAAGCCUUUAUUCAUUUUUGGAAUAUUUUUAAAAAAUUUUACAGAUGAAAACAUUUUUUGUAAAGGUCGACUAAAAUUAAAUUAGUCUUCUUUAUUAACUCACGAAGACAAACACAUUUUGAGAUGACUAAAAUAUGACGAAGAGUAAUAAGUAUAGUUGUCCAAAAGACUAAGACUAAAAUAAAAGUUUAAAGAAUGGCAAAAACAACACUGCUCUGAUGAAAUGACAAUGAGACAAAAAUGUGACAUCGUUUCUCAUAACUUCACAAUGCGUGACACUUUCAAAUCGUAUGUGGAGAACGUCAGCUUGAAUCGUAGCAGUGUUUGGGUCAUGUCACUCAUGUGAGAUGUGCUGCGCCUCUCCCUCCCUCGCCUCACUGGAGUUUAGGAUGUCUCAAGCUAGGCCCCGCUUCAUUUUGCUUGUUUGGAAACACGGUAAGAUUUGUUU